UUUAUGAUAAGUUUUGUUCUAUUUGUUUGUUUGUUUGUGUUGUUUUUAGGUAUCUACAAAGUAACUAUUGAAAUGUUGAGGUGUAUUAUUUUAUAAUUACAAUGAUAUUAUUACUUUAAAACUAAUUUGAAUCAUUGAAUCAAUUAUAUAUAAAUGUCGAGUAAUCUACAACCUGGAAACAACAUAUUAAAUAAGAUUCAUUCACUUUGUUUAUUUGUGUGUGUGUGUGUGUUUACAACCACUCUCAUUAUCAUGUGUAUAUGUAUAUGCAUAAACAUAAACAGUUAUGUGUUUGUUCACUAAUGUACUAGUUGGAUUUUUGCAUAAAUUCAAAUCAUAUUUCCAGAUAAUAAUAAUAAUGUUUAUCUGUACGCUGCUUAUGAUAACCAAUUCAACCAAUUAUAAUUGAUUAUAAACCUGGAUUUUUCUAUUUUUAUCAUAUACCAAUAAUCUUAGAAAUGGUGAUGAGAUCUUGAUAAAUGAAUCUUAUUAUUCUUAUUGUCAAUUAGUCAUAUUAUAAUUAAAAGAUUUUAUCACAGGAAUUAUAGAAAGAUAUAUAUAUAUAUAUGUACAAUUAUUUCUGAACUUACCCUAGUACAACGUCAUAAAUAACAAUAAUCUCUACGUGAAUAUCAAUAACACUGUCAAAUAUAGAUAGACGAAGAAGGGCCACAUUAGGCCAACAAGAAAUUGAUAAUAUACAAGCAAAAAGAUGGAGUCCAUAUCCAACAAAUACAUUGGAAUAUUUAUCACAAUCAGUCAGCGAUACAACUCGUUAUUAUUCUCCACAACUAGUGACUAUCAAUCUACAACCAAACAUAGAUCUGGUUAACACAAAUAAUAAUAAUAAUAAUAAUAAUAAUAAUCUAUAUUCCGAUAGCUGCGAACAUUGUUUGACAAAAAAGUGUACGAAAUUGGAUGCAACAGUACUAACAAAUCUAAGUGGAAAUUCUCCAUCAUUAACUACUUGUACAACUCUGCACACAACAGCUGAGACUAUAAAAACAGAUUUUGAAACAAGUCAAUUCAUUACUUUUGAUCAACCAACAUUAUUAAAAAACUUUAAAACACUCAGACAAAAUCAAGAACCAAUUGGAAGUUUUGUUGACAAUAUAAUCGAUCAAAGCGCUAACUAUUUGGAUAAGGAACCCCAAACUCAGGAAUUACCAUUGAUGGCUCAACCAAUAAGUUCAGUCACAAUGAAACCUGUACAAAAUACUCCAGUACUUCCACAGACAGAAGUAUCGAACCCUGUAGGUUAUAUCCACUCAUCAACAAUGCCAACUUUUGGAUCUAUGCUUCCAAUCGCUUCUAGAACUGGGAAUAAUAAUGUUAAUUUUAAUAGCCCCGUUAAAGCAAAUCAAUCUGAAACUUCUGGACUUACACUAGUUUUAGAUGGUAAAAGCUAUGAACCUGAAGAAUUACUCAACUUAAUUGAACGAUUACGACAAGAUAUUCGAGGAUACACUGAUCACAUAAGAUGGCUUGAACAAGAAUUGAGUCAAACAAGACUCAAUUUAAACGCUCGAGAAAGAGAUAUUGACAAAUUGAAAUCAGUUUUAGACCAAAAACUUUAUAAUAAUAUGACACAACUACCUACCCACCCCGUUACACCAAUAUCCGAUAUAUCACGUCAAACAAUUAAACAAAACACGUUAAAUGUAACCGGAAUAACGCCUACAUUAAAAGCAACUGGUAUGCCCCAAAACACUGGACAACAAAUGUUUGCAGACAAAUUACGCACUAAGAAACAAGGUGUUUCAGGUGAAAGUUUUACUGGACAUCAAUUAUCAGGUCUUGUACAUCAUGAUAAAGAUGCUUGGUCUUCUAGUUUAAUUCGAGAUGCUAUCAGUAAUAAUACAUUUUUGAAGCAUUUAGAACAAUCACAAAUUGAAGAAAUAGUAGCUUGUAUGUAUAAAAAACAAAUACCUCAUGGAUGUUUUAUUAUACGUGAAGGUGAACCAGGCGAUGCAUUGUAUGUUGUUUCAGAUGGAAUAUUGGAAGUAUACAAAGAUAAUGCAUUACUUGGACGAAUGGAAGUGGGUCGAGCUUUUGGUGAAUUAGCAUUACUUUACAACUGUAAACGAACUGCAUCUGUUCGAGCUGUAACCAAUGCUUCAGCAUGGACAUUAGAUCGACGUACAUUUCAACAAAUUAUGAUGUCUUCAUGUAUACAUAGACAGCAAGAAAAUAUGAAAUUUUUAAAAAGUGUCCCUGCAUUGAAAGAUCUAUCCUCAGAGAAGAUGAAAAAGCUGGCUGACGUCUUAGAACCAGUGUUUUAUGAAACUGGUGAAUAUAUAAUACGUGAAGGAGAACUUGGUGAAACAUUUUUCAUAAUUAAAUCUGGUAAAGUACGUGUUACACAUACAAUUGAUAGAACUGAUGAAACAAAAGAAAUUCGUCAACUAUCAGAUGGAGAUUGGUUUGGAGAAAGAGCAUUAUACACAUGUGAAAAACGAAGCGCCAAUGUAAUAUCUGCUGAAGGUGGUGUACAUUUACUCUCAUUGGAUAGGAGUAAUUUUAUUUAUCUAAUUGGUGAUUUAAAUGAAUUCAAAUCUAAAACGUAUGAUGAUAUCAAUCGUCCAUCUACUGGGAUAAUAUCAACAAAUUAUCAACAAUCAGUAGGAUAUGUAGAUAAAGAAGAGAUUGUUAGUACUCCACAAACUGUUGAACAAAUAGAAUCAAAGGACUUGCUCUCUUCAGUUAAAAUUGAUAAAGAUGAUUUAGAACGAAUCACAGUUCUAGGUGUUGGAGGGUUUGGAUGUGUCGAAUUGGUUGUUUGGACAAAAAACAGAAAUAAAACAUUUGCAUUAAAACGUAUGAAAAAACAGCAUAUUGUCCAUACACGUCAACAAGAGCACAUUUGUUCAGAAAGACAAAUAAUGUUAGAACUUCGAUGUCCAUUUAUUUGUCGACUUUACUGUACAUAUAAAGAUAAUAAAUUUGUAUACAUGCUGUUGGAAGCUUGUUUAGGUGGUGAAUUAUGGACAGUUUUACGAAAUAAGUGAGUAAAUAUUUUGUUAAAUUUGUCUUCUUUAUGAGUUAAUAUCUCUUUUAUAACAGAUAAUACUACAUAUAAAUACAAAUACAUAUAUAUAGUCUAUUAGUAAUCAGUAGUGGGUUUUUAUUAGCCCUUAGUUCAGAUUGCAUUCUAUUGAUCAGGUUGCAAUGUAUCCAUAAAUCUGAAUGACUCUACACCGCAUAUAUUAUAUCUGGUGUUAGGCGGUUUUAUAUAAUGUCUCAAACUGUAUGGCUAAGUGAUAUACGCUCGAAUCAGAUAGGAAAAACCAGUUCCCUCAAGACUACAGACAUACUUUUCUGAACACAAAACCUAUUUUUAGGGUUUCCUACUGAAUGACUUCAGCUAUCUAACACUAAAAUAUAGAGCAUUCAGAAUACUGGCCGCAUUGAAACAUGGGCUAUAGAAUUAGAUUAGCACUAAAGAGCAGACUAUUCGGCGAUCAAGCGACGAGUAUAUACACAUUUAUUUCUAACACCUUGUUAAAUAGUAGUCCAUUUGGAGUUAGAUUUCAUCAUGGGUUGAUUGUAGAUAAGAAGUUAUUAAAAGGUAGUUAAUACUAGGUCAACUCAAUCAUCUUUUCGAAAGUGAGGCAGUAGUAGUUACCCACCGAUAUCAUUAGAUGAUGAUUCUAUAUUACAAAUUAGUUGAUGCUGAAAAUAUGAUCCGUUGAAUUUCAACUCGGUAUAAUUAAUAUUAGAUUAAAAGAAUUUUUAUUUGAUAAUUCAUCUGAUUAUGACUAGUGUUGUUCUGUCAUUAAUUAGAUAUGUGAAAAGUUCACAGUAGGUUAUAUAUGAAAACAUUGUAGAAAGAAUAUUCAGUGUUAAUAAUUAACAAGAGUACAAAUUUAUUUGAUAGAAUCAAUUAUUAACUAACUGAUUACUUUUAAUUGAAUUGAUAAUGCAAAAUGCAAAGAGAAAAAUAGGCGAUAAAAAAGUAGGUGAAGGUUAAAUAAGAUAUUUAUUAAUUUUUGUAUCAGAACAGAUGGGAAUGUAUUUAGAUUAUUACAAAUCAUCAUUGUAAUCUACCAUUAAAGGUUCAGAAAUAACGAAUUCAUGUAAGAACUAUUGUCUAAAUUUAGUCAGAUAGUUUCACAGCAUUCAGGUGUCGAGUUGAUGUGACACAUUAAGCAGGGAGAAUGUAUUUGUAAAAUUUCAGAGAAUGAAUUCCAAGUACAUCUAACAUUUCACUUGACAAUCUGGUUCAAGCUUUUCAACGAAAUACAAUCAAAUAUCAAGAUUAUCAAAUAUAAAUAUGUAUAUGGUUCUCUGGUUAACUGUAUACUAAAUAGGUUAUUCAAUCACGUUAACACCGUUUAAAGUAAGAAUUUACUUUAAUGUGUAUGAAACAUGUGAUUUGAAACGAGAAUUAUGUUAAAAUAAUAGAUUGUUUGUAUUGUGUGUAAGUGGAUCUGAGUUGUAAGAAGCAAUUUCAUUCACUAUUUAUCGCCUCAUUAAUUCAUUAUCUUCCAAUGAAGCGAUAAAUAAUUAAAUACUGAUGAAAGAUACUGACUAUUAAAAACGUAUACAAUGUUUUGACUAAGUACAAUUUGAAUAUAUGUUAGAGAGAUAUUUAUUUUAAUAUUGCAGAAAUUAUGCUGAAAAUUAUGUACUAUAAAGAAAUUUCUAGUAUUAUGUAAAGGUAUUACUACUAUUUCUAAUACAUCUACAUGUGAUCUCAUUGGAAAAUAGUUUUUCAAGAUUACGCUUUCAUAUGAAUGUAAAAUAAGGAAAAAGAUUUGUUUUGCAAAUCAACGAUUCUCUAGACUGUUGAUUAUUAACUGUAUUCGUGAAUUGGUUGAAGUUAGACAUUAAUACCGUUGGAUGCUCGCGGGACUGAUAGAUCAUGGGUUCGAAUCUCGUGGGGCGAGAUCGUGAAUGCGCACUGCUGAGAAGUCUCAUACUAAGAUGAAACAGCCGUCCAGUGCUUCCAAGUUUUCCAUAGUGAUCUAGCUUUAUUCAACUCGUGAAUUCAAUUAAUAAACUCUAUUUAGCUCAAUAAUUAUUUUAUAAAGCGUGUUAUGGUCAUUUUGAUUCAGUGUUCACUUUGACCAUUUUGCCAAGUUUAACGUAGAUUAUUCGUCAAGUAAAUUAUCAAUAAUUCAUUUGAGGUGAUAUACUUGGAUGAGUCUAAUUGACAAAAAAGUAGUAAUAGUAAUAAUAUUUCAAAAGAAGGUUAUUAGGGUUUGCUUUACUUAGUUUGUUUUUCAGUUCGUAAUACUUCAUUCUUUUAGCGAUGGUGCUAAAUUUUUUAUGGAGUUUAAUCCAAAAUAAUAUUCAGAAAAAUAAAAACAAUUUACUAUAUCUUUCAAAUAAGAAAAAUAAGUUUUUGUCUUUCUGUUGGUUUCAAAACGUUAUUGAGAUUACAAAUCAAACUAACUUGGGUAAACAUUGGAAACUAGUAAGCACUGGAUAGCUGCUUUAUUCUAUUAUGGGACUCCUGAACAGUGUGGAUCCACGAUCUAGACACCGGGUGUAGAAUCUAUAAUCUUCAUCUCCCAAAUUAACAGUUUAGCCGUCAGAACAUUAAACAGGCACUUGAUGGUUUACAUGUCUAAAUUCAAUUAAUCCACGGGAUAAUGCAACGAUAUUCCAUUGUCUUUGGUGGGUAAGUGUCUCACACCUGACACAGUUAGACUACUCUGGUCAUGGGUGCUCAGCAGAACUCUAGGAAUUACAUCAUGAUAUUAGCCACUAGUUAGCAUGUGAUAAUAAUUACUCUUAUACUUAUUUUAGGAUCCCCACUCAACUUUCGUAUCUUAUAUUUUAUAAAUAAGACAAAUUAACGAACCAAGUGAGAGAUGCUAGUGGAAUACAAUAUUAUUUAUGAAUCAACUUUACUUAACACUAAUAAUAGUGGAAUUACAGUAGUUAUUGUCAAGUGAUUAUUUAGUGAAUGUUACUUUCUACGGCGAUGAGAACUAGUGAUUACUCUUAUAGCUGGACUGAUUACUAAAGCAAAUUAUAUGAAUUUAUGUUUUAGGGGUAAAAUGGUCAAGAUAGAACAUCUUUCUACGAUUGUAAACAUAAUCUCUUAGUUACUAUCUCUAAGAAUAAAACAUAGAUAGUAUACCAAUACUGGAUUAUUUCGAACAUAAAGUAAAUAAGUUAUCAUAUGCUUAGGAAAAUAAAUGAACGUGUUUAUGUCAUCCUGUACAACUAACGAGUCUUUUGUGAAUAAAAUCUUCAUUUUGCUCAGUCUUUUUGUCAUCACUUGAUGCCUGCGUAGACGACUUGUUAUAUUAAUCAGUUUCCUAGAGGUAAUCAUUGUCAUUAUUACCAAGUUCCUUGUUUUAACGAAAUUCUACUGUUUUACAUUACUGUAAUCAAACGUAUGUUUCAAAUCCCAUAGAAGCAUAGUUCUAGGCUGAAUAACUUACUAAUACUGUCUCUAUUUACAUCAUUUUAUGGAUCGAGUUCAAAUAAGUUCUAGAACCUUGCUGAUAAUGAAUAAAAUCUGACAUAAAUGUACCAAAUAGGGAUUUUUGUCAAUUUAUCUUAAAGAUAAUCUAUUUAAAAUAUAUAAACAUACAAUUUAAAAAAUGGUUCCUGUUUUUUUUAACUCUUCAAGAGGUCGAUUUGAUGAUGUUAUGACACGUUUUGUGGUUGCUUGUGUUUUGGAAGCGUUCACUUAUUUACACACACAAGGCAUAUUAUAUAGAGAUUUAAAACCAGAAAAUUUACUUCUUGACCAUAAAGGUUAUGUGAAAUUAUGUGACUUUGGAUUCGCCAAACGAGUUGGACAUGGUAAAAAGACUUGGACAUUUUGUGGCACACCUGAAUAUGUUGCACCGGAAAUUAUUUUAAAUAAAGGACACGAUAAUUCAGCAGAUUAUUGGUCACUAGGUAUUCUUAUUUAUGAAUUACUUACGGGAAGGUAAACUUAUUUUUGUUACGUAUCAAUACUCUAUGAAUGUUAAUUUACAUAUUUUAUUAAUAAAGUUAAAAAUUAUUGUUACGUACCGAGCUUUACUUUACAUGUUCGAGAUUGGUAUAAGCAAUAAAAAACUAGCCACUGGGCUUAAUGUAUGGCUUAAGUUAUAAAAAUUCCGGUGUAAUAAGCGAAGAUAGUAUCAUACGUGAUAAUAGUGUAGUGUAUGCUACUUAUGUCUGUCGACAUAAGUAGUAUGUAACACUAAUCAAUUAUGAAAUGCCUGAAAGCAUACGGUUUGGGAGAUCAGACUGAAGGGAACGGGAAUGUAAACAAAAAGUAAUUGUAAUAGCAAUGACGGAACGAUGAAGUUUCAGAAAAUUGAUAGGAGAUUUGCAAAUGAAGUAUUUAAUGUAUGGUUUUUCACAUUUUACGAAAGAACUCUGUAAUUUUCCAUUUAAUAAUAAAUUGGUUUUCCCCACCUGAGUUCACGUUCACUACAAUAGGACUAAAAUAAAAGUGAUUAAUAUAUAUAUAUAUAUAUAUAUAUAUAUAAUUUGAUAUGCAAACCUCUUACUAUUAUGCGCUUGUGUUGGGAUUAUCGUAUAUAUGUUUUCAUUUACUUAUACAGUUUACUUAGCAAUUUUGUUCUUUAAUAUACCGAGAAGUACCUAGUUUUCCGACAGUAAGAAGAAAUGAGACUAAACUAGCAGUGCGCAUCCACAAUCCCGCACAUGAGACUCGAACCUAGGCCCUUUGUCUCGCGCGAACGCUUAACCUCUAAACCACUGAACCGGGAUCCAACAGUGUUUGUCGACCAACUCACAAUAUUGUGCGACCAUCUCUCACUGCCAUCAGUGAAUAACUGCCUCACACUUGACAUGACAAUCAUGAAAUCUCUAUAAGCUGUAAAGGUGAAAAUGAUUUUUUGGAAAAAGUGAUUUCACUCAGGAAUUUAAAAUUGCAAUAAAAUAUAUUAGGGUUUAAAGCCAAUUCAUACGGUUUUUCUCUUCUGUCUACCUACUAUCAGCUAGUAUAAUGAGGUAUAUUUUUUCUUGUUAUGAAAGAAUCAGUCAAAUCACAAAGUUUAACGUCACAUUAACAGUAUUUCACAUUAUAUAAAUUUAUCAUUUAUUCAACAUAAUGUCGAAUUACUUUUAUCAAAACCCGUAGUUUCAGUGAUGUUUCACACCACAGUAUAUCAUUUGUAAAUCGAUCUUGUCUAAUUCUACAAAAACAAAUUUUAUAUCAGUAUCACAAAUAAGUGAGUAGUUCAUAUUAAGAAUGGUUUAAUCAUAAACGUUACACUUAUAUGUUAGGUGAUUUAAGAUAGUCGACAAGAUACCGUAAACCUAGAUUUUGUGCUACUUGAUACUUGUCAAUAAGGCGCACCUAUAAUCUUGACAGAUGUUGAAAUAUCAGUGCAUUUUAACAUAAAUGUCAGUUUUAUUACAUUGUGCCUUUACACAGUCUCUUUCAAUUGGCUACAAUUGAAGUACAUAAUAUCAUUGUUUUUCAUAUAAAUUCAGAAAUAUGAUAUAUUUAUUUAUCGCUUAUUAAGAUUCAUACACUCAUACUGAUAACUAGACUGACACAGUUAUUCCAAAUGAAAGUUGACCUCGAAAUAUUCAUACGUCAGUAGUAUUCCAACAGAUCAACUUCAAUGGUUACUUGUUUGUUGAAUGUAUCAUUGAAAAAGAAUAUGAUGUGACAUAUUUGAUUCAUAUCAUGUAUAAAAAUUGUAUGUUUUCUUAAAAAUUCACCCGUCAAAAGCGACAAAUCGUCAAUGAAAUUACAUUACACACCUCACAUCCGCUUACACACAAUACAAACAAUCUAUUAUUUUAACAUAAUUCUCGUUUCAAAUCACAUGUUUCAUACACAUUAAAGUAAAUUCUUACUUUAAACGGUGUUAACGUGAUUGAAUAACCUAUUUAGUAUACAGUUAACCAGAGAACCAUAUACAUAUUUAUAUUUGAUAAUCUUGAUAUUUGAUUGUAUUUCGUUGAAAAGCUUGAACCAGAUUGUCAAGUGAAAUGUUAGAUGUACUUGGAAUUCAUUCUCUGAAAUUUUACAAAUACAUUCUCCCUGCUUAAUGUGUUACAUCAACUCGACACCCGAAUGCUGUGAAACUAUCUGAUUAAAUGUAGACCAUAGUUCUUAUAUAUUGUGAUAUUGUUUUAAUAAUUAAAUUCAGAAAAUAACUGCUGCUAAAAAGAUAAACUCUCCUGAAUCUCGACUCGGUAGUUCAGAGAUACUACUGUUGAUUCAAGGCUUAAAAAUCAUAUGGUCUAAAGUAAACUGAAAAAACAUUAGUUACCAUAAAUGUAAGAACAAAUUAAAAUCUAUGAAGACAACCAAUGAUAUAGAUAGCUAUAUAAAUAAGCUGAAAUAGUACUUGUGAAAUAGCUGAAAAUUCAUUUCUACUUGAAAUAAACACUGAUCUAGUUGUUCAAAACAAUGGUGAAACUUAAUCAAUUAAAUCAUCUACCUCAGAGAAUUCAAUAUCAUUAAAAACAUUUAACUCAGCUGUAUGUCUUCUCUAUCACUUAAAAAUAUACGACUGAAUCAAGUUUACGAUUGUAAUAACUGUGAACUACUUACUACAUAUUUCUAAAUGUUGUAAUUGCCCUCAUUUUUCGAUACUUCGCUAAUGUAAUGCCAAUUGGUGUGGAAAAACAAUUAUUUUCCAGUCCCUUGAUUUGUUAUUUAUUUACGCUUUAUUAUUGAUUUAUGAAAAAUAGACAAAUCGGUUAGGCAUAUAGGCAGAUAAACAGAUGUUUUUUUGGAUAAUGUAUUCUUAAUAUAAAGAGUGAUAUUUCGAGCGUAUAUUUCACUUAAGCUAUCUGUUAUUACUUAAUUUUUAUCUGGACACUUAUUUGAUGAAUUAUAAUUCGUUGUGUAAGUGAAUUAAUCCAGAUUGUUUUUUGUUCUGUCAGUGUUUCAUUGAUUCUUUAUUAGAGGAUGACUUUUAAAGUAUGAAAAAAGCAUUUCAAAAAAGCAAUAGACCUUAACAUUUAACGCGUAAAUUAACUACUUACUUAUCCCUCGUGAACGAACAUAGAUCGCCAACCAACAAUCUCCAUUCAACUCUAUCUUCGAUAAUCCUUUCCAGUUCUUCUCAAUCGCUAUUCAUUCUUUUCAUAUCUACUUCCAAUUAUCCACGCAGUGUGUUCUAUGGCCUCCCGCAUUUUCAUUUCCCUUCACGAUUCUAUGUGAGAACUUGACUCAUUAUGUACUUUGAUGAUUUCCACAAUGUAUGUCGUAUCCACCUCCAACAUGUUUUCCUAAUUUCCUCUUCAACUGUAAGCUGAUUUGUUCUCUCUCAAAGUGGGUUGUUGCUGAUGGUAUCCGGUCAACGGACAAUGAGUAUCUUAUGUAUACAAUUGUUUAUAAAUACUUGUACUUGUCACACACGUUGAAAACGAUUCAGUAACUUGAUGGUGAUAUUGAACGAAUAUUGUAUGUCAUAUCGCAAACUGAAUGUAAAAUUGAAACGUCACCUAUAAGAUUGGUAGAUGUACAUCUCAUGUAUUGCUUUUUUGGAAUCAUAGGUGCUCACUGCGAAUGAGGCCUGUGAACUAAGAUAAAGACAGUUGUUUAGUAGUGUCUUCUGGAUUUCAAUGACUCGCAAUUUGUUUUCACUUCAUUUUAGAAAUUAGUUGUAAAAGUAAGUACCUGAAAUCUUUUCUUCUCUAGUUUCAGGAUUCAAAAUUGCUCUCACCAUCAGUUGUAUGAGUUGUUAUGUUUUGAUAAUUGAUAGUUUAAUCAUAUACUUUUUGCUUCUCUAACUGUUCUUUAACGAUUUCAUCUUUUCCAAAGGAGUAGCUAAAAUUGGUUGUGAGUAUAAAAUCUUCAAACCUUUUAUUUAUAUUUCGGCUGUUUAGUGAUCAAUUAGCUGUAGACAUCCCUGUUUCACAGAAGGUCAGCUGCGGCACAAAUAGCUCAUCCGUAACGUCUCAGACUAUGAAGUUAAGUGACGCUGAUUAAAGCCUACAUGGGGCGUCAGUCCCCUCCAUAUUGAAGAAUUGCCUUACUGAUGAUUGCUAAAUAACACAAAACCUAGUUCCAACGUUUCCUACCUCUUGUGUAAAAUCAAAACGUAUUGCAUGAGAUGUCGAGUAACUCAGACUAGUAUUUAGUUAGAUGUUAACUCGAUCGAUGAAAUUCAGUUACCAAUUAAGAGACCAGACAAGUAUGACAUUAAUCAAUACUCAGUGACCAUCCAAUUUUGUGUACAUCUUAUACUUUACUUACUCUUUGAAUAACAUUUUUUCACUGGAAUUAUAGUCCAAACAAGUGAAAAUUUUUAUUCUUUAGAAAAACAAAGACGUUUUCAUUGCCAUUUCUAAGUUUUGAACAUAUUGUGUAAUUUUAUGCCAACUGUUUCUCAAAUGUUUAUCUGUGUCCCCUUAUAUAGUUUAUAAAUUCUGUACCUAUCGUUAACAAGUUACUUUGUUAUUUUUAAUGUUCUCUCUACCUUUUAUCCCUUUUACAGUCCACCGUUUACUGGUACUGAUCCAAUGAAAAUUUAUAAUGUUGUUCUGCGUGGAAUAGAUUGUGUUGAAUUCGAUCCAUCGAAUAUAAGUCGAACUGCAACUACACUUAUUAAACGUUUAUGUGCACAGAAUCCAGCUGAACGGUUAGGCUAUGGACGAGGGGGAAUAAUCGAUAUUAAACAAAAUAAAUAUUUUCAAGGAUUUGACUGGAUCGGUUUGCAUCGUGGUACGUUAGCAGCUCCUAUACAACCUACUGUAAGUUGUCUCCACUCAUUAUAAAUGAUAUUACGUAUAAAAUAUUUUAUCUAUCUUCAAUACUAUUCGUUAUAUUCGAAGUUACUCAGGAUAAAUUGAGAACGGGAGCUUAAUUAAAACACUACCUGGUUUUCAACAAGAGACUGAAGGUUUAAACUUAGCUCUAUAAUUAGUUAUCACAUAUGAAGUUGGACUUCAGACCAAGUUUGUUGUGAGAUAUCAGCUCACUGAAGACAAUGGUGUUCGGUGGCGCAACUUCGUGGAUUGGUUGAAGUUAGACAUUAACACCGUUGGAUGCUGGCUCAGUGGUCUAAUGGUUAAGUGCUCGCGCGUGAAGCCAGUAGAUCCUGUGUUCGAAUCCCGUGGGGGUUGGAUCGUGGAUGUGCAUUGCUGAGGAGUCCCAUACUAGGACGAAACGGCCGUCCAGUGCUUCCAGGUUUUCCAUGGUGGUCUAGCUUCAAUUGCUUCAUGAUUUCAACCUGUGAGAUUUUAUAAAGCAAUAAUGGACAAAUGAAUCACGUUUAUUUUCGAAAUCAAUGGGAUCGACUUAUGUCACACAUUCUUUGAUCAGAUUUCAUUCUACCAGGACUAGAAGCAUUACUAUUCUGGCUUAUGUGAUUAGAUUUGAAAAGCAGAGAAAAAGGUAUUUAACAGUAUGGGGUUGUAGAGAUUGUUAGGUUUUUGGUUGAGAUCAUGAAUCGCUUAAUGUUAGACCAUCAUUGAAAACCCUGGGGGCACUGGACGGCCGUUUCGUCCUAGUAUAGAACUUCUCAGCAGCGCACAUCCACGAUUCCAUAAACUGAAUUCCAACCCAGGACCAGUGGAGCUAAUCCGUGUCAGGUAGAAACAAGUAUCUACCCCUGACAAUGGAAAAUGUUUACGCAAUUUCGUCGAUUGGUUGAAGUUAGGCAUUAACAACGUUGAAUACUGUCUCAGUGGUCCAGAGGCCAGGUGUUCGUGCGCGAGACCGAAGGUCCUGGGUUCGAGUGCCGCGUGUGAGAUCGUGGAUGCACACUGUUGAGAAGUCCUGUACUAGAACGAAACGGCCGUGCAGUGCCUCCAAGUUUCCAAUAGUUGUCUAACAUCGAACCUUUCAUGAUGUCAACAAAAAUAGCAUUUAUUGGAAUUUGUUUUUCCUCUUUUUAUCUGCUGAACAUUUGUUUGUUUUAUCCAAGAAGCAAGUACAUGAACUGACUGGAUAUUGAACUGCAUUAAUGAAUCGGUUUCUUGAAAAAUAUUUCUCUUGAUAGAAUGAACAAUAGUACGGCCGAUGGUGAGGAGAGACAACUCUCCCUCGCGAAAUGCUGUCACAUGGCCACACGUAUAAAGACACUGACAGGAAAGUUCUACUCAGUGCUUUCUCGCAGCAUUACCGUUGUUUACAAAAUUAAGAGGACGAAAAGUGAAUGUCUGACGCUUUAACUGGGUUGACAGAUAUGGAGAAUCCACCUAUGAGAGUUCGAAAACUCUCAUUCCAAACCAAUGGUGCAUAUGGGCUCUAGUAUCCUGAAGGAACAAAUGGUGUAUGAACCAAUCGUUGGUCACUGGCUACCAUAUGACUGCAUCUCCUUACGUUGCUCCACUGUCUUUUAGAUUAAACUUAUAGGUCAAAGGCUCGGGGUGUGGCUCUCUACGAAAACCACCUGCUUCGGUUUGGGCACCCGAACAGUAUCACAGCUUACACACAAAUCAAGUGAAUUGUGUGGCACAUACGUAUUCGGUGCCCCUUUGUAUCAAUAUUUAUGUGGUCAAAUAAAUAAAUAAAAUUAAUGAUAGUUAUUCACCAAUUUGAAAAAAAAUUGGUCACUUUUUAUCAUGCUGAAAAUAUAAUUACAUACAUUUUAUUGAUUUUUUUUAAAAAAUUGUCCGUCACUUUUUCCCCAUAGAUACUUGGCCCAGAUGAUACAACUAAUUUUGAUAAAUAUCCUCAACAAAAUGAAAUCCCACCUGAUGAAACAUCAGGUUGGGAUAAAGAAUUUUAGCAUUAAAUGAUUAUUCAUCAUUGUUAACUUGUCACAAAUGAUCUAAAACCUUUUUUCUUAUUAUUUCAUACAUAUGUUUAUAUAAAUAAUGAUUGUAGGUGUGUGUGUAUGUAUGUAUGUAUCUAUGUAUGAGAUUUGUGCAUUUGAUAAAGAGUGUAUUGAAAUUCUAUCUAUCAUAUAGCAUAUCCAUAUUCUAUAUAUAUAAAUGAAUCAUUCAUAGUCUACAAUUUGUGUUUUAUCAACUUAACUGAUCCAUCAUAUAGAUUAUUCUAUUUAUUACAACAACAAAAAUUGAACAAUUAAAUGAGAGAAUAAAAUGAAAAAAAAAACGAUUCAAAUCAUAGAGAUGAAGUUUUCUUCACUUUACUUUUCUCUUCUUUUUUUCUCAUAUCAAAAUGAUUAGAUUUACUUUUCUGAAUUAAAUAAUAAAUAAACUUUUGAACUGGAAAGAAAAAAAGAAAAGCAUAUUCUGUGUUUUUAUUGUUCAAUUCGAGUGCUUUUCUUUUCUUGUUUUGUUUGUUUUUAAUGUUUUUGCAAUGGGAUUAAAAAAAAGUGAAAAGAAGAUCAUUUUAUUGUUGAAUUAAAUUUUCACAUUAUUUAUUCUUGAUCAGAAAUUAAAAAAAACCUUGUUUUCCCGUUUUUUUUUUUUAAUAUAGAAAUUCUUUAUAAAAUAUAUAUUUCACUGCUGUGUACAUAAAUAAAUAAAUAUAUAUGUGUGUGUUUGUGUAUUUACAGUUCCACUAACCUAAAUAAUGCACAUCAAAUUAGCAAUACUUGAAUUUAGAUUUGAUCUAAUACAAAUAUUCACUUUGUAAUCAUGAUCUAUAUAUAUAUAUAUCAACCGAUUUGUAUCAGAAUGUCUAUUUUAAAGAAUGAACGUACUAUCUCAUUUAUUUAUUCAAUAUACAUUGAAGAUCAUUUAUAAGUAAGAUUUAUCAACUUAUCAUCAGAGUUAUUAAAAGUUUCUUUUUGAAAAUUUUCUUUAUAAUAUAGAUUUAAUCAAUAAAAUUCUACUGCUAGUUUCUAAGUUAUUUUUUAAUAAGAGUAUUAAUGUUUUCUCUUUUUUUUUAAAAAUAUUUUAUUCCUGAUUACUUUUUUUCUUCUUCAUAUUCUAUAGUUGUUUAGAUUUAAUUAAAGAAUCUUGUAAGGCUUUAUUAUUCUUAAAUAUCUCAUUACAUAUAUGAAUCAUAUUGUUUUGUUGAUAAAUUCAAUGAAUGAAUAGAGAAUAAGUUAGAUUAUAUUCAAUUGUUACUUAUAUAUUGUAAUUGAAUCUGAAUUUAAAAAAUAAUCAUCUUCAUCAAUUAGAAUAUUCAUUUAGAGUGUACGAUUCAAAGUCUAAGAGAUAUAUUACUUUAUUCUUGUUAUUAUGAAUAUUUAAUUGAUCCUAACAUCUAUCUUGUAUCUUCUUUUCAUGAUUGUUAUUAAGUCUGUUGUUUGUACACUUUUGAACAAUUCAUAUAAAUGUAUUUAUACUAGGUGAGUUUUUCUCUUCUGAAUAACUUCGUUACAUAAUCAAUAUUAUUUACUCCAGCUAAAAGAGAACUUAAUAACUAUACUACUUUCUCAGUUUAUUAUGUUUAUUUAUUUUUCAGUACUAAUGAACAAUUCAUUAGUUGUGUGAGUGUGUGUGUGUGUUGUAUUUAAAUUAGUUUAUGUUAUUGUAAGAUAAUUCAUAUUUUUCAAACAAAAAAAAAUAACCUCUAAACAAAACUAAUUAAUCACUAUAGGUCGACUUCUUUUUGCCAUCAUUGAUCUAUUAUUGAUUAUAAGUCACCUAAUUGAUUUUAUUGUUUACUUUUAAGAAAGACAAUUAGAAGAUUAUACUAAAUAUGAUAUUGAUUGACUAAAAGAAAUUAACUUUAAACUAGAAGCAGUAAUUACAUACUAGUUCUUUUUAGUAAGCGAUUAUUAAGGGAGCAUAAAUUGGUUACUAAAUCAAUGUCCUUUAUUAUAAUUAGUUUUCAACUUACUUUGUAAUCAUAACAACUAAUAAAGACAUCAUUACUUCUCCUGUUAAUGUCAUCAGGUUUCGACAACAACAAUAAAUACAGAAUAUAUUUAUAAAAAUUAUGUCUAAUAACGAUGUAUGUAAACUAUCCAUGUUUGAACAGUUUGCUCAGAAAAAAACUUAGAUAUCUACUUAGCCAUAAAUUUAACCUAACUGAAGUAAGCACGAACUACGAUAAAGGCUUUAUGAUAACGCUCGUCAGAUUAGAAUAUCCCAAGAUGGUCAAUAUUUUAUACUAUCUAGUCUUAGGAUUUUGUUGUGUUGUUUAGAAUUAUUACUGUUUUCCAAGUUCCUGCGGAACUUCAUUAAAAUUUUAAUCAAUAGUUUCACAGGAUUAAUUACUAAGUAUACAGAAAACAAUCAAUAUAAAGUUGUACUUGUAAAAAUCUUAGCAAUUGAAAUUAAACAAUUCCAGCUGUUUAACCUGACAAUAUUUUUCUAGUUGCAUACACAAAACCAUAUUCUAUGGAUCAAGUACAUUUCAUAUUGAAUAACUAACAUUUACAAUACAAACAAAAGUAGAAUUUGAAUAUGAUCUGAUAAUCAUUUAGCGAGUAUGUAUAUUCCAUCAAAGAAACCAGUUUGGUAUAUUUCAGUUGUAAAUACAGUAAAUCCUUUCUGAUAAGAUAGGGCUUAAAGUAAUAUUUAGUGCAACAAAAGUGUUCUUAUAAAAUAUACAAUAUGACUAACUAAAAUACUUUAAAACAAUUAGUCCCUUUGAUAAACUUCGAUAAUACAAUGAGAAGACGAAGGUCAUUAGAAUUAUGUCAUAUAUUUGCGCAAUACAUUUCGAACCAUCUGAUCACACAUAUACAUGAUAAGAACAUUUAUUUGAAUAAAAUGUCAACUAGACAGGUUAAAGGUAAGCCGUAACAAAGAAAAAUAAAGUACACAAAAAACAAUGUGAUAACCACUCUGGAUAAUAAAUCAAUAUUACCAGGGUAGGUUAAGGGUUAGAACAAAUUGUUUUUGAACACAUAAAGGGAGUUUCAGUUUCCGUAUAGCCAAGGCUUCAAUAAACCUUGGUAUAAGUCCUUGAAAGCUUUUGUACAAAACUACAAAGGCUGACUUGAUAUCAACCUUAUGAUCAGUCUCAACUAAAUGUUUCACAAUGGAGGAAGAUGUCUGCUAUACUGUGAUCUUGUUUGACCAUUGGAAUUCAUUUGCUUCUGCAGCCAUUUGGGUAUGUGCUCCGCCACCCUUAAUUGCAGAUCACGAUUGUUCCUUUCCAUGUACGUGCUUCCGCACAUAUAUGUAAAUUUACUUAUUUAGCUGAACACAUAAAUAGUGGUACAAGGGGGCACCAGAUCCAUAUGCGCCACACAAUAAUAAUGAGAAUGGGAAGAGAUAAAUAAUGUAAUGUGCAUGUAAAAAGAAAAAAAGAACAAUAACGACCACAAAUUAUUGUAUGGUAGCGAAACAAUAAUAAUGAGGGAACAAGAAAGGUACAAUCAGAAAGAAUCCUUUCAGUUAAUGAAGUUAUGGCCACUUUUUACAAAGAACUCUGCCCAUCGUCUAAGACGUCGAUGGAUGUUAGUGAUUGGCAUCUCAUCAUCCUCGCAGGUUAUCUCGCUCACACCAGACUUCUUGCUCCCAGUGGCUCGGAUAAGUUGGAAGAGCUGCCGGCAGUUACCAGAUGCAGCUGCUGCUUCCAGCUCAUUAGCACGCUCCGACCACCAGGCUUCUCGGUCCUCACGCAAGCUUUGCCCAAUUUCAUCACGUAACAUCCUUCGUUUGUGGUCAAACUCACGGUCACCCGGAGUAGACCGACGGGUCUCGAUGAUUUGUAAGGAGCCUGAAGAAACCCAGUGCUUAUAAGUGGGACAUUUCGCGAACCCACAACUCACUUUACUCGCCAUUUUCAUGGUGUCAUGCAAUUGCGACCAAUGCUCAUCUAUACUUUUCGGUGGAAUGGUAGCUAGCCUAUAACCUAGCUCAGUUUGAUACUUAGUUACAACAGAAGCUGCAACCAACUUGCUGACGUCAAUCCUUUGGUGGCGGUCACUUUAUUGGCCACUGAGAAGUAAGGUAAGAUUGGCGCAGACCAGGGCAUGAUCAGAAUCCAGAUAGGUACUCCAAAAGGAGCGGCAGUCUUGUAUACAACUACGCCAUCGGUAGCUGAUCGCGAUGUGAUCAAUCUGAGUCCAGGCUUGAGAUGCAGAGGGAUGACGCCAGGUGGCACAUCGGCGAUGACUAUGCUGGAAGUUAGUGCCAGCGUAAAUUGAUAGACACAAUCGCUUACGUACUGUUUGGUGAAACAUGAACUUUGUCUUUUCAAUAAUGACAAGUUGGGUUGCAUAAAAUGUCCGAUUGAUGGCUAAUUUAAGUCUCCAUUUCAACAUGAGACUGUAUGAGUCACAUCUAAAUGGUAACAUAAUGUAAACUCACUUUUUGGGUUCCAGAAGUGUCAUAGUGUUAUAACUUGUGGCCUGUAUGCCCUGUUAAUGCAUAACGUAACGAUACCGCCAAUUAGAGAGCAGUGAUUUAUCAAACGUACCAGUGACGUAUAAAACACGUGCGAGCAGUCUAGAGUCCUGACUGGUCCUGCUUUCUGCCUAGCCCAGCCAGUUAAGUCCAGAACACCAAUCCAAGCCUCUGCAAUAUGAAUCAUUUGUUUCAAGCAUACGGGGUUUAUAUACCAAUCAAACAGACCACAUCGUACCAAUAAAAUAGAAAACAACAUUUGUACAAUAUUUGACCAAAUGUGGCUGUGAAUGUGGGAGGUAGUAAUUGAUAGAGUGGGCAUAAUUCAAGAAUGGUAAAUCGUAUAAUAGUCCAUAGAUCAAAAUAAAGCUCAUGAUAAGGACAUGAAUAUGAAUAGUCUAGUUAUUUAACAAUUAUACGAUAAAAAUAUACGAAUAGUAUUGGUCCAUAGAUGGAUCCCAAAAGUUACCAUUCACUAUCCUUUCCAGAACAUAACACAUAGGUGUAAUCGUAUUGUAACCCUUCUAGAGAUUUAUGGAAUUUAAAUGAAUAACCAUUAUUAAUUGGCGUUUCAGUCAAGAAUUUCGUCUCUACAUCAACAGUAUCGCUAGUACAAAUAUGAUUGAUUCUAAAAAUACAAGUAAACUAAUUCCAGGUUGUUUGUUUCUUAUUUCAUACAUAUUUUGCUAUCUGGAAUUUAUUUAAUUAACAUGAAUGAAGUUAUGAAUUAUAAAUUACAAUAUAGAUAAGUUGAGAUCUAGGAUUUUUAAAAAAGGUAGAAACGGAAAGAUAACAGUCUAGUUAUGAGAAUCAGAACUACUAUAAACAUUUAUUUUUGUUUAUCAAAUUACAAAUAGAAAAAAAGUAUAUACAAUUUUGCAUUCAUAGUCGAGGUUAGCAAGGAUUAGGAACGAAACUAGGGGCUAUUAUUCUUUAUUGUUUUAUUCUAACCGAUAAGUCACACUUGGAAUAUUUAUAAGGAGUUAACCUGUUUUUCAUUAGUUGUUAUUUAUAUCAAGUACCCACUUGUAAUCACCUCCAAAGGGAGAAUUAGAAGUGUAUUAGAAACAAACGUUAAUUUGUCAUCCUUUUCUCUUCUUUUAUAUCAUUAUUUUUAUUUUAACACAUAGAUAUUGGUACAAGGAGGCACCAAAUACAUAUGCACCACACAAAUCUCAUUCGAUAUGUGUGAGGGCUGUGAUACUGCCCGGAUGCCCGAACCGAGGCACGUGGUUUUCUUAGCGGGACACACCUUGAGCCUUUGACCUGAAGGUCUGAUCCACAAGGCAGUGGAGCAUCGUGAGGAGAUGCAGUCCCAUGGUAGCCGGUGACCAACGAUUGGUUCAUACGCCAUUUGUUACCGCAGGAUACUGGAGCCCAUAUGUACCACUGGUUUGGGAUCCGGUUAAAGCGCCGGACAUUCACUUUUCGUCUUCUCAUUUUCGUAGACAACACCACCACCACGAGAAGGCAAUGAGUAGGACUUCCCUGGUAGAGGCUAUAUACGCGUGGCCAUGUGAGAGCAUUUCGAGAGGGAGAGCAGUCUCUCCUCACUCUCGACCGUACCAGGGCAUUUAUAUCAACUAUACACAACUUAAAUAAAGUAUCAUUUUUCUGAAAAAAACUUGAAAUUCAUGUACGAUAUUUAAUGAUAAACAUUAAAUGUACUGUGUACAAAUCACUCGUAUACGAAAUAUUAAGUUACUUCGCUACUUUACAUUAUUUGAUUAGUGGAAUUAACUUCGCUAGAUAAAAAGUUGGUUCAUUAUCUAAAUAACUCUUUGAUUACAUCUCCAAAACAGCACUGUGUGACAAGACUAAAAGUCUUCUUAAUCACUAAGAUUUUUUUUACAAAAUCUUUAAUUUUAACCAUUAGUUUUGGAUAUUUGACUAGUUCGUUAGCAGUUGACUAGUUAUCGAAAAGUGAUUCUAUAUAAUUCUACCAACAUUAAAGACUCUACAACAUCAUACCAGUUUCUUUUUAAUAAUGACCUAUAAACACAUGAUAAGCUUUUAAUUAAUCCGUAUAAAUGCAGAUAGUUUUCUUUUCCGAUAACUAGACCUAUACUCUGUAUCUCAGGUAUGGUAGUUGAUGAACUCUGGUGAUUAUUUCCGAACUAGAACGAAACGAAUUUCAAGUUCUUUCUGAUUCUCUAAAUGAUAUAAACCUGUGAUCAACUAUUUUCAAACCAAAUUAAUCUACAUAAACUGGUUAACUAAAACAAUUGCUGAAUGUCUUGGUAACAUCAAUUAAGCUUACUUUGUUAACAUAGGGGGAUUUUGUAGAUUGUUGACUUAGAUAAUUCACAUGACUACGACUGGAAAUCUGGAAGCACUAAAUAGUUGUUCAGUACUAGUAUGACUCCUCAGCAGUUCGGAUUUAAAACUCCAGUGGGGAUCGAACCUAGGAUGGUCUCUACAAACUCAUCUGUACAUGUGUCCAAUAGUAGCUAAAGUCUAAGAAUAAUUUACCUAGAUUAUACGGACUGCCAAAGAUACAUAAACUGGAUAUCCCAUUAAAGCCAAUUUUGGACAUGUACGAUUACCCAUAUCAUACUGUAGUAAAGUGGCUAGUAACUGUUUUGAAACCACUCCAUAAUCGCCUGGUGAAACAUAGUAUUAAGGACGUAUCCCAAUUCGUUGACAGGAUUAAAAGCAUAAACACGAAAGAUCAGACGAUGAUUUCCUUUGACGUAGCAUCACUGUUCACAAAUGUCCCACUCAGAGAAACUGUAGAAUAUAUUUGUGAACAACAACUAGCUAAUAAUCAAUCUUAUAAUGUGGUGGCGUAAUCUGAUUAAUGUUCAUUUUAUGUCCCAAACUUAUUAUUAUUGCUAUUAUUUUCUUUACAUUUGAUAACCCCUUUUUGAGGAAUUUAUUCAAUAUCCACCCCUGAGAUGGUGGAGAAGAUUUGUAGCUCAGGUGGAGUUUUGUUCUCUGAGCUGGAUGGUUUGGUCGUGGAGCUUUCAUCGUUCUAAAAAUUUUUAGAAGCCUGGCACUCAGGUCAAUCAGCAAUCAACAAGCAUAUUGAAAUCAAUCCAAUUUAUCAACCAAUCAGAAAAAUCAUGCACAAACAUAAGAACAAAAAUCAAAA